UUGAAAACUAUUUUUUUUUUAUGCAUUAAAGAAAACAAAGAAUGUUUUUAAUAUAAAUUCUCCUACAAGUUUCAAUGUACAUGCACAUUAUAGAGUGCACAAAUGAGUAUUUAAAUACUAUUUUUCAAUAAAAUGUCUUGCGAGAUUAUUAUACGCCGGGCUCGUCCCGAAGAUUGGCUAGCACGUACCGAACUCGUAAAGAGCGUUAUGACCACUCAUCAGCGAGAUGCUUUCUUUUUGUUCUUUUUCCAAGAAUUAACGCUGCAGGCGAGUGUUCUGAGUGCCGCGGUGCUUUUCAUCUUCUGCGGUGUGUCGUUACGUGGAUUGUGCCUGGUGGUGCCCUCCGCGGCUAUCGCCGUCGGCCUCGCUGUUUUCUUUGCACACCUGACUCUUGCCACCAAGCAGGCACAGGACAUCAGGAAGGAGAUGGUGGGGUUUGUGGCAGAGCUUCGUGGGCCACUCCUUGCUGAACCACAAAAGCUCACAUCAUCUAUUGUAUUUGAACAAGAAUUACAAGGGACUUCUAACAAACUGGUUAAUACACAGGUUGUGGGCACUGUCUCGUUGUCCGAGUACAGGGGCGACGGCUGUAGCGGCUGGCUUCACGCACUCGCCGUUCAUCCUCAAUGGUGGCGGCGUGGCGUCGGGCGUGCGUUGGCACGGGCGAGCCGUACAUACGCAGCUGCGGAAGGGCUCCAAUCACUCGAAGCAAUUGCUAGCGAGCUCCAGCCUGCUGCGCUUGCAUUACUACGCGCCGCCGGAUGGGAAUCACGCGGCUGGUACCAUCGUAGACUGUGCGGCGCGGCACUGACAUUGCUGUUGUCACACUUCAGUAUGGAUCUUGCAUACGCAUAA